CCCCGCUUUUGGCCUGCACAAACCAAUUCACGACCUGCUCGACAAACACACCCUGAACAUCGCUGCUAUGGAGACAAUCAUUACCCCAGGAGUUAGGAACGGUGGCAGGGUUAGCCCCACAGAACUAGACGCAUCACAUAGCAACGGCCAGGUCUUUUCCGAGAGCAUUCAGUUUGAGACAUCCAUCUCUGAUGCCAUCGUAAAGGAUGAUGGCAGCAUUGCAGCAACUACUGCAACAGUGAUCACGACAAGUGUUUUUGAGAACGGGCUCCUUGCAGGAACUAUUCAGCAGGACCCUAGCGUUCUCUCCAGCGGCGGGGCUAAUAUGAGGCAUCUCACAAAUCCACUCGACCUUGCCAGUUCGAUCCUCUCAGAGUCAGGAAACUCAUCAAAGUCAACUUCGCCCAAUCUACCUUCUAAUGGAGAGCAGCCGCCACCAGCACAACAACAGCAGCAGGCGCAGCAGCAACAGCAACAGCGACAGAGGGAGCUACAUUAUGAGAGCGCAAAUGCUGUGUUGGUACCCCCAUUAAACUUCGCCAUGGUGGCCCCAGGUGUAUAUCGCUCAGGACAUCCCAACAAACACAACUUUCCGUUCAUGAGAAAAUUGGGGCUCAAAGUGAUUGUACAGAUGAGCGAGGAACCAUAUGCGCCAGAUCUGAAAGAGUUCCUGCAACGCGAAAACAUCAGGAGGAUUCACUACAAGAUUGAAGGCAACAAGGAACCGUUCAUUGAGAUCGACGAGGGUGUAAUAAGCAGCGCACUGGUCAACAUUCUUGACGCGCGGAAUCAUCCACUACUGAUUCACUGUGCCAAAGGAAAACAUCGCAUCGGAUGUUUGAUCGGAUGUCUACGGAAGAUACAGAACUGGUCUAUGACAUCGAUCUUUGACGAAUAUCGAAGGUUUGCAGGAAGCAAAGUGCUGGCAGAUCAAGAGUUUAUCGAGAUUUUCUCUGCAAAGGUGCCGUAUUCAUUGGAACAUAAACCGUUCUGGCUGUGAUCUUUGCAAGAAAUGCACGGCCCAGCGAUGUAGUAUUACACGUGACUUAAAAAAAGUAUAAAGAGGCUCUUAAACAC